GUGGGAGGAUCCCGUCCCAGAAUUCCAGAAAGGAGCCCCCUGGCGCCCGCGCGCGCCUGAGUCAACCAUCAGAGACGUGCCCGACGCCUUGGCUGCGGCUAGCUAACUAAAAAAUCGCGCGCUUACCGUUUCCUCUCGCAUCGCCAAGCGGCUCUCACUUCCGGCGUUCUCUCCUCCUCCUGCGUCCCAUGAUCUGAGGCCGCCCCCGAUGGGCCCGCCCCCCGCCGCGCAGGACCCCUCGCCGUCGCCGUCGGGCAGCAGCAGCUCCGGCUCGUCCAGGCGCUGCCUCCGCCGGCUCGACCGCCGCAACGCUUCCAAGAACAUCGCCUACGACGCCACGAACUUCUGCAGCUACCCGCCGUCCCCGACGGCCUACGCGCCGGCCUCCAGGCCCGUCUCGCUCGCCGGGUCCGCGGCCUGCUCCCUCGACCUCCUCACCAGCUUCCGUAUCGGCGGCAGCGGCGACAGGGGCGGAGACGUUCAGCUCCUCUGCCAAUGCCUCGGACUCUCCGGCCCCGACGACUUCGCCAUCCCGCUCGCCGACUGGGAAGCGCACAAGGCCGUCCGCUCCUCCGCCUCCGCCUCCAGCUCCCCUUCGCGGGACUCCUCCGCGCGCCCCAAUCCCGACCCCCGUGUGCGGGACUCCCCGCUUCGCCGCGAGGGUGCCGUGGAGGCGGCCCGGCCUGGGGACGCCUUCCCUGAGCUACUGGCGGUAAGGGACGCCCCAACCGAAGCUCCAGAGCGGCCUGCACGACUGGAUCCGCAAGAGCCCACCCAUCAGGACGUGAAGUGGGCAGCCGGUGAGGGAGCAAUCAAGGGCGUGCGCCCGCCGCCGGUGCUCAAACCACCGCCCUCGAUGGCGCUGCCGGCUGUCUUCGGGGCGGGAUCCACGUGGGAUAUCCUGCGGUCGUUCGCGCCGGAUGAGAAAGAGCACGCCCUGGUGAGCAGAUUUGGCAGUGGGUUUGGACGCCAGGAUGCGGUGGAGGAGGACGAGGAUGCGGCGGUAGUGUUGACGUUGGAGGACCUCAGGCUGGGGGAGACGUCCGAGGAAUUCACCGGCACGUCUUCGCUGUCGACGAUCAAUGAUGACGAGACGUCAAGCACGACCACGGAGUCCAUGUUCGGUAUCUCACCCAACGGGAGGUUUAGGAGGAAGAUCCGGUCAUGGAACAGGGGGAUGCUCCUGGGGAGUGGCUCGUUCGGGACGGUUUACGAGGGCAUCAGCGAUGAGGGUGUCUUCUUUGCUGUCAAAGAAGUGAGCUUAUUUGACCAAGGGAGCAACGCAAAGCAGUGUAUUUUUCAGCUUGAGCAGGAAAUUGCACUUCUGAGCCAGUUUGAGCAUGAGAAUAUAGUACAGUAUUAUGGAACAGACAAAGAAGACUCGAAACUUUACAUCUUCCUUGAACUAGUGACCCAAGGUUCUCUUGCAUCUUUGUAUCAGAAGUACCGCUUGCAAGACACCCAUGUCUCAGCAUAUACAAGGCAAAUUCUUAAUGGGUUGACUUACCUCCAUGAAAGGAACAUUGUUCAUAGAGACAUUAAAUGUGCAAAUAUACUGGUGCAUGCCAAUGGAUCUGUGAAACUUGCAGACUUUGGACUGGCUAAGGAGAUUACCAAAUUCAGUGAGAUUAAAUCAUGCAAAGGAACUGCUUAUUGGAUGGCACCUGAGGUUGUCAAUCCAAAGAAGACAUAUGGACCUCCAGCUGACAUAUGGAGUCUUGGUUGCACCGUCCUAGAGAUGUUGACAUGUCAACUUCCCUAUCAUGAUCUGGAAUGGACACAAGCUUUAUACAGGAUUGGUAAGGGGGAACCACCAGCAAUUCCAAGUUUUCUUUCAAGGGACGCUCGUGAUUUCAUAAGCCAGUGUGUAAAACCCAAUCCAGAAGACAGACCUUGUGCAUCCAAACUGUUGGAGCAUCCAUUCGUGAACAGGUCAAUGCGGUCCAUACGGUCUAUGAGGACAUCUCGCCCAAAUUCAUCUAUGUGUGGCGCCAAUUGAUAGACUGAGGAUCAUUUAUAGCAUAUUGGCAGAAUGAUGUUAGUCCUCGCUAAUCAUGCGGAGCUGGCUGAAAAGGAGGGUUCUUUGCCUGGAGCUAGUAUUGUCAACGCUCCACAGCAUUCUCGUCAACCUCCUGUGUUCAUUAGUUGAUUCUUUGACAUGCGUUUGAAGGAAGGGAAGAUGUCCUCGUGGUUGAGCCGCCGGCUAAUAUUCUUUUGCCCGGAGAGAGAACAGCGAAUGCGCAUUUGAGCGCAUGAGUUGUAGAGUCAGAGCCGAUGUAAAUGUGUCUGCAUCUCCAUGUGGUGAUGGUCCAUGAGAUGCUUCGAGAAAAAAAAUGGAGAUAGAAAAAGGUUCAGGCUUUGGAACUGUCAACAGUAGUUAGCUUGGAAUUGCAUGUCUUGUUUACUUUUAUUUUGUACGGGACGUACGGCGAUGUUUUCUUUCCCUUUUCAAUGCACGGAACUCCCAAGAAAA